UCAGGAAAUGUUGCUGAAACAGGAGAUGCUGGCCAGAGGAUCGAUCUGGGAGGAAAAGUCCUUCGUUUUUUCGGACAGUGUAGUUGAUCGAUGGCUGGGAUGGAUUAGCCUUUGGCAACAACUCCAACGUCCUGAUCGGAUCCGGCUCAAGCUGUUCAAUCAUCCCGAUCGGAAAACUUUCUGCUCGCGUCAUCAUUACAGCAGCGCUGGUCCAAUCGACAGCGGAAUAACAAUCUCGUCCGCUUCUUCCUCUUCAGCGGCAGUAGCGGUCAUCGCCCAGCAAGUGGAGUCCAAGAUCAACAACAACCUUCACGCGAAUGCGCAAGGGCACGAGUUUAACGAUUCGUAGGGCAGCAACCA